CAUUUGAGAAAUAUAUUAAACAGUUUGAAAAUACAAGAUAGAUAAAAUAAUAGAUAAAACAACAUAAGUUAUAGCAUAAAUUUAAUUAUUAAUAGUAUAUCAAAAUAUACAUCAAAAUGAGUCUUGAAAAAACAUUCAAUAAAGCAACACAUUAUUUACAGUUAUUAGCUUCAGAAUUAAAUUCUGCAGAACUUUUAAAAUUUUAUGCUUUAUACAAGCAAGCUACAAUUGGGCCUUGUAAUAUUUCAAAACCUAAUUGGUAUCAAAUGCAAGCAAGACAAAAAUGGGAAGCAUGGAAAGGUCUUAAUGACAUGAGUUGUGAUGAUGCUAUGAAUAAUUAUAUACAAGAAUUAACUAAACUUAAUCCUAAUUGGGAAGAAAAUGUACAAUCUGAAUCUAGUAAUUGGGUUGCUAUUAGUCGGUUUAUAAAUAUGGAAGAUGAAAUAAAUGAUGUGGAUAAAACUUUUUUGGAUUGGAUAAAAGAAGGACAAGUAGAAAAAGUACAAGAAUUAUUGGAUAAAGAACCAAAUCUUAUAAAUAUAAUGGAUUCAGAAGGUUUAUUACCCAUUCAUUGGGCUGCAGAUCGAGGACAUUUGAAAAUUAUAGAACAAUUAAUUAAAAAAGGAGCAAGUAUAAAUUCACAAGAUGAAGAUGGACAAACACCAUUGCAUUAUGCAGCAUCAUGUGGACAUCUUGAUGUUGUAAAAUAUUUAAUUUCUAUUGGAGCUGAAUCUAUAAAAGAUAAUAAUGGUAUGAUACCAAAAGAUAUUGCUGAUGAACAUUUAAGAAGUAUAUUAUAAUUAAUAUUAAUAUAUCUAAUCAUGUAUAUCUAAUAUAAAUUAAUAUAAUUAUAUCUAAUAUAUCAAUUAUGUAAUAGCUAAAUUUAUUAAUAUAUAUUAAUAAAUUGAAUUAAUGAUUUUUUCAUGGUA